AUUCGAGAUUUUAGGUUAGAAGUGAAUUAAUAUUUAUAUUUUACUAUCAUAAGUAAUAUUACUUUAUUUUAUUUUUAUUGAAAGUCUUUUCGCAAUUAUCACAUUCUUUUAUGUUAAUUUUUUUUGAAUCUGUUGAAAUCAGUAUGUAAUUCGAAUAACAUUAAAAGUUAAUAAAAGAAAAUCCUUAUGGUUGAAUGUUGAGGUAUAAAUCCUGUUUCUAACUGCACAAAAAUUGCUAUGCCUAAAACUUAAAAGUUUCUAGGCAAUAAAUAUAUGCAAGUGUCUUCACUACAAAAUAAAAUACUUAUACUACAUCUUUAUGAAAUACCACGAACAUCAUGCUAAGCUUUUACUGGAGCGGGAACCGAAUAUGAACUCAUUUUGGUUACAAAAGCGAAAAUGCUUAUACAUUCUAAUAUGCUCCAAUAUUCUUAUAUGGCUCGUUCUAGGACUGAUGUUCUAUUCACCAAGCAUUCAUUACAUCCCUAUGAAGAUGUACCGUUAUUUUUACCCUGUAGAUAGCAUAUAUUGCUAUCGUCUGAAAAUGGAAUCUCUUUCCGAUAUAUCAAGCAUAAAUCCAAAAAAAGACAAGUCGAUAUUCUUUCACGAAACUUCCUGCAAGUCAUUCAUAAAAGGGAAAAUAUCAAUAGAAGCGCGUCAAGCAUGUGCGGUUGAGAGUGCGGCGAAAAUGAAUCCAAAUUUUGAUGUAUAUCUUCUGUUCACCUCUCCAGGAAUUCUCCAUUUCGAUGGCGACGAAUCUGAUAGAUUUUUGAAGGCGCUGCUGAGUUAUAAAAAUGUGAAAAUGAUGCAUUUGGAUUAUGAAAAAUAUGUUGAAGGAACACCUGUGGAACAUUUGUACAAAUCUGGGAUUAUAGAAGAUUCAGAUUAUGCAAUGUCACAUGCUAGUGAUGUUCUGAGAUAUUUAACCUUAUGGAAAUAUGGCGGAAUAUACUUGGAUCUAGACGUGAUAGUAACAAAAUCUUUGGAAAAACUUCCUCCAAACUAUUCUGGUGCUGAAUCAGACAAGGAUGUGGCCGCUGGAGUGAUGAGUUUCUCUUCAAGUGGAAAAGGACAUACGCUAGCUGGAACUUGUUUGGAUGACCUUAAAAAUAACUUCAAUGGAAGAGAUUGGGGAUAUAAUGGGCCAGGAGUAGUUACCAGACUGCUGAAAUCUAUUUGUGGAGGAGCAAAAUUGGCAAAGGAUAUGAUAAAAAAAGACUGCCAAGGUUUCAAAGUAUAUCCUAGGGAGAGUUUUUAUGCAGUGCCUUGGACGAAGUGGAAAAUGUUUUUCGAUGAAAAUUCAACGGGAGCUGUCAACAAAUUAACCAAAAAGAGUUAUGCGAUUCAUGUCUGGAAUAAACAUAGCGCAAGUACCAAAAUAUCCUUAACAUCCAAUGUUUCAUACAUUUUGAAUGCCAGAAAGUUCUGUCCGAAGGUGGUGCAAGAAUGCGACGAUUUUUUUUGAUGUACACAAGUUGAUUAAUUUUAAGGUUUUCACAAAGUGAUAUCUAGUCUAAAAACUGUUGAAAUUGAUUUUUGAGGGAUUUGAAAACACCAAAAUUGUCGAAGUUUUUGCAUUUCUGGUCAAUAUUUCAUGUGUUUUCUUAAAGGAAUUGAAGUAUUUGAGCCUAAGUAAGUAAGCUUGUUGCCACAAUAAACACUAAAGAACUUAUUUGAUAUCUUAAAUACAGAACAGUUUUAGGUUAUGAUAUAUCUUCAUUUCAUAUGUUUUUUGUUAGAAGUGAUAACAUGUUACUAUUACAUAUUAAAAAGUUAAGACUCUGUUAUCUCGUAGCUCACACAAAUUUCAACUUUUGACAGUUGUCAUUCACAGGGGCGACAACAGCUGAUUAACGGAAAAAUAUGUUUUAACAGAACAGACUUUAGCAGAUCAUACCUUUGGAAAAAUUGGCACGACUUGAAAUUGAGAGUUUUUUAAUAAAAAUUAAUAACAACUUUUGAUAAUGUGAAAAUAGGAACAUUAAAAUAAUGUCAAUUCAAUGAUCAUCGUUGAACUAAACAUUUUUUUAUUGUUUUUGGAAAAUACAUAAA